AGCUGGCUGCGGGAGGUUGCCCGGGCCGGACCCGGCAGCGGCCCCGAGCGGGCAGGCUCGGGUGGGCAUGGGGGGCUGCCUUUCUUCGCAGGCGGCUGAUGACUUGUCGUUGCUCAACGACUCUACGGGCGAUGGUGCGAGCCUUGGGGCCGGAGAUCCACCUCCGCCUCCUAUCCCUGCCCCGCCGCCCCCCUACCAGGAACAUGCAUCAAUUCCAGUGUAUCACCCUACACCCAGCCAGGCACGUCUUGCCACACAAUUAACAGAAGAAGAGCAGAUCCGUAUAGCUCAGAGGAUUGGACUAAUUCAACAUCUUCCCAAAGGAAUCUUCGAUCCAGGCUCAGAACCAUCAGAAAAGAAAAUCAAAGAGUGUGUGAUCUGCAUGCUGGAUUUUGUCUAUGGAGAUCCCAUCCGAUUCCUGCCCUGUCUGCACAUCUACCAUGUACACUGCAUUGAUGACUGGCUGAUGCGAUCAUUCACUUGUCCUUCUUGCAUGGAACCAGUUGAUGCUGCUCUGCUGUCCUCUUAUGAGACCAACUGAGGUGGCUCUGCACCCUGCUCUUGUUAAUGCUUCCAGGCUGGGGCUGUGUAGGGGGCUGGGAUAUGGCACACACUUUUAUUUGCACAUUUCUGGGAUACACCAAAGAAUCCUAUGGCAAAGAACCUGGUCCCAGGCCCCAAGGACAACUCACAGCUGUUUCUGGCUUGGCUGGCUCUACUAAAGGCUGACUUGUGCCAUAUCUGAGCAUUGUAUCCAGUGUAGGUGACGAUGCUGGGAGAGGAAAUGGUAAUGUUGGAGUUGUCCUUCUGCUCCACCCACACAUGAAUUUGAAGAUCAAGACUAAUAUUUGAAGCUAUUUUCUGCCUUCACACCAUUUUAAAUUUCGAUUGAGUUAGCAAAUACAGUACUCCUAGAGUGCUAUAUUGGACCGGUAACUUUUUGGCCAAAAAAGACGGUUGCCUAAAGCUGUUGUUGGUUGCUGAAAUCUUAUUUUAAAUCUAAAGAGGUAUUUGGAGAUACAACCAGCUCUGGUCAGUGUGUGGCAGAAUUAGAGUUUUGUUAAAGUGGCUUUUCUUUAGGAUUUCCCUUUCUCCUGCAAAGCUGAAGAGUGCUUCAUUUAAACCAGCGGGCAGAAGCAGGUGUGUUCCGAUCUUGUGCACUAUUGAAAAUUCAUCCAAUUUCCUAAGCUGCAGUGCAGAAAGAAGCCUAAUGGUCUUCUACCUUUCUGGGGCAGUUUGGAACUGUGAUAUUACUGGGAAGAAAAACAGAGCUUGAUUCUGUAGCUGUUAGAGGCAGCCUGCUUCUAUUUAAAGGUUGGUGUUUCAAGCUAAGAAGAAUGAAGGAUAGUAUUUCCUUGUUCUUUUGUGCUUUUCAAGAUUUUCUCCCUCUAUCAAGAGGGAAGUUUUAUAGCUGUUCUGAAGAGGUACAGCAUGGUACUUCUGAAGCUUUUGUGGGGCAGGUAGAUGUUCAUGUUUAUACAAAUUCAGAGAUAGGAGAGAGGGACUUUAUCUUGGCAUGUAGAUGAAAUGCAUUCAAAGAGCAAACAAAUGUUUCACUCACACCAUAUUGAUUUGGGUGCAGUUAACUGGACAGGAAAUGCAGAUGUUUCUCUCACAAUUCAAAGUUCCUGCCUUUCCACAACACUGUAAUGAAAACAGUAUUGACACUUUUUAGACAAUUUGUUAGCAUGAUUAUAGAAUGAGACAAAUGUUUGUAAAUAACAUUUUUUAUAGAAAGUUGUUGACUCAAUAUGGUAAAAGCCCUUCAAGAGACUGUCAGUUAAGGCAUUCAAGUGCACUAUUAUAAGAGGUGAAGGAAUUCUGCUUGUUUGUUGCUCAGUGUUUACUCAGUUUGCCUUACACAAAAUCAAGUGAAGACUCUUGUCCCAUAGGAAACUGCUACCGCAGUCUAUUAGUUAGUGCCAUGCAGCAGGCACACUAUUUGGCAAGGUUUCCCUUAGUCAUUGCUGUUUAUUGCCUUGCAAGUGGAGAAGUGUGAAAGUGCUUUUCUGAUUAUGUAUUGUCCUUAACAAGGAUCUAGCACUUGAAAGUGAAACUGAUGUACAUUGCAUUGAAAUGGAAAUAAAACAGAUUGCCUAUAA